AUGGAUUAUCCAGGACAACUUAAUGUACGUCGCGCUAUAACCUGUCGCGCUAUAACCCGUCGCAUCAAGUUUGGAGAUUCUUCUGGAAUACCAGAGCAAAUUCUGCAUAUUGUUCCAAUAAUUGGACUCUUGCAUGUAUCCUUAAAUAGCUAUGAGACGGUGUUUCUUUUAAAUUAUCAGUUUUUUGAUUUGCUUUUUCAUAGGAUCUUUGGAAAUAACAAGGUGUUGGCACAAAAACCAAAACCUUAUAAAAUUAAUAUACUUUUAGAACUAGCAUAUCAAGGCUGGUCUAAAAUUCAUUCAAUAGUUAUAAGAAAAUUUGAACAUUCUAAAGAUCCUGAACCUAGAUAUCUUAUUAAUUUGUUGGAUAAUAUUGUUUUAUUAGUUUUAGAUUUUUACUUUAUAAUAUUUCGAAGUGGAAAUUGGCAAGCAUACUUAGAAGCAAUGUUUUACAUUUUGACUUACUAA